CAUGAGUUGGGGGUCCUGUACCUGAGGUACCUGCAGAUCUUCCGGCGCCUGGAGGAUCUGUACGAGCAGCUGGUCCAGGUCCAGCGGCGCCGGGCGGUCCGGUUGGUUCUGGACGGGCUGGCUGGUCGGCUCCUGGAGAUCCGGACUCAGAUGGUGGACCUGCAGCUCUCCGAGUUCCACUACUUCGAUGAUCUGCUGCUGGACCUCAAGAUGACUCCGAAAGAUCUGGAGGUCCCGGUCCCUCGCUACUUCCUGAGAGAGAAGAAUCAGAAGAAGAAGAAGUUCUCCAACAUCCUGGAAAUACAGCGGACCAAUCACACGGCGCGCUGCGUGGCGCCGAUGAGCCUGGAGGAGGCGGUGCUUCUCCUGCAGGUGUCUGAGCGCGCUCGGCAGGGACGAAUCAGAGCCCAGUACGUGAAGGAGCUCGUCCAAUCAGAGAAGGGCGUCCACAGACACACCUGGAAACACCCAAAACUGACCCCCAUCAGGCCUCCGUCACCAUCCAGAAGGUGUGUAUUUAUGGUGUGGAGAGGGUACCGUCAGAGGAAACAGACCAACAGACUGAGAACAGACGAGAUGAUGUUCCUGGGAAUGAUCCCAGCGGAGCCUCCUGGUUCCGGUUCUGCCCGUCUCCGGGCCCAGUGUGCGUUGACGAGUCUGAUCCAGAACCAGGACCAGGACCAGGAGGAGGAGGAGUACCGGAGAGCUCGGCUCCGUGUGAAACGUUCUCUUCUGGACGUGGAGGGAACCCAGAUCAGGGAGACUCUGCAGGAACAGAUCCGACAGUGGUUCCUCGAGUGCAGAGACACUACGGGGAAGUUUCCAGGCUUUCCUGACGAAGAAGCCGGAGGAUCAGCGUCUCUGUUCUCCCAAAAAACACCUGAACAGGUGUCAGCGGAGCUGGCAGCGCGAGAGGAGGAGAGGCAGAAGAAGAAAGGAGAGAAAAAGGAGGAGAGGGAGAAAGAGAAGACAGGAAAAAUUAAGAAGAAGAAGAAGAGAGCGAAGAUACAGGAAGACUGGAGUCGCAGCCGUUUUCUCCCUGACGUCGUUAAAGGAGACCACAUGUUCACCGAUGUGUGGCGUUGCCGUGACGACCGGCAGCAGAGCGUGGACCUGCAGCUGCUCCGAGAGGAGACGAGACAGGAAGUGGAACAGGAAGUCAGGCUUCAGGUGGAUGAUCUGAUGAGGGCGGAGCUUAAAAACCUCAAACUGGUCGUGGACAAAACAAAGGAGAAGAAGACCAAGACAGGAAACAGAAAGUCCAACACUCCUCUCGGUACGGGCCGGAGUCUGAAUGGGUCAGGCGGCGGAUGGUGUAAGAAGAAGUUUUCACCGAGCUGA